AUGGACGAGGACAUGCAGUUGGCGCUUGCUAUUUCGUUGUCCAUGCAACAGGGCGGUGGGGGUGGAGGAGAUGCGGAGCCCUUGUGGUCGUCAUCUUCUCAGAACCCCAAGAGCGGCAACCUGGUGGGCGUAGAGAGCCAAGUCGUGGCCACCCACCGCACCAACGAUGGCAAAGUAAUCCAAGUGCGCAGUGGCGACAUGACGAAGGAGGACGUGGACAUCAUCGUGAAUGCAGCCAACAAGCAGCUCGACCACGCGUCGGGCCUCGCUGGCGCCAUCGUCAAAAACGGCGGCGAGAUCAUCCAGAUCGAGUCUGACAUCUACAUUCAAGAGAACGGCAAGGUUCACGAUGGCGACAUCGCUGUCACGGGCGCCGGAGAGCUGCCGGCGAAGAAGGUGAUCCACGCGGUGGGUCCGAUCUGGCACGGGGGAGCCGAGAACGAGGAGCUGCUUCUGCGACAGUGCGUGUGGAAGAGUCUCAAGAAGACCGAGGAGCUGGGCUUCGCCUCCAUCUCCAUCCCCGCCAUCUCCAGCGGCAUCUUCAGGUUCCCGAAGGACCUGUGCGCCAGGAUUCUGAUUCAGACGACGCUCGACUUCUUCAAGUCCAACCCCAGAUCCUCGGUGAACGAGGUCCGAUUCACGAACUUUGACAAGAACACGGUGGAGGUCUUCGAGAAGGAGUUCAAGAAGCGCUUUGGUGACUCGUCGUGA